AAAUGACGUAAUUUUCUCCACUGUGACGUCACCGGCAUUUUGUGCCAAAAGUAAACAGAAGACAUACUGUAGUAAAAGCACGAACAAACCAACAAAAUGUCGGAUCCACGAAUGAUUAUUAAGAUGAUCAAGAUAAAGUUAGCGCUGAUGCGUCUGUCUCGCGCGAAGGAAAAUGGUGUUCGUCUCCACUAUGGGUAUCCACCUAUCAUCCCUUGGUAUGAGAGAAUUACUAUCUGGUUAUUCCGGAGAAUACGUCAGUUCCUGAUCGAGUUGUUCUGCCCCUGUUGUAUCUAUGACAGGAAUAGACACCUGAGAGUUAGAGAGGUUCCGAGUUCCGGAUGUAGACGGAUGUUCCAUGCGGGCACACACGAACACGAGAUGUUAAAGCACUUUCUAGGUUUCUUUAGCGGCAUUUUUCUGGGCGUGUUCCUGUAUCUAGUGAUGAUCUUCCAGUCUAAGUAUGAACCGCCCGUUGCUUUGACAAUCGGAGUCAUCUUAAGCCCCAUUUUUACGCUUGGUUUGGCUUUCUCUAUGGAGGUGCGAUGUGUUAUACUUUUGAUGGUACCGCAAUUCUUCUCAAGCAAGGGGCGCUCUUUCUUACUGUUAUACGCCGUAAUUCUGGUGAUGACGUAUCCCGCCGCCAACUUCAACAAAAACAUCAAGAUCAUGUCAAACAGCAUUACAUGUGGACAGGAACUGGCGUACAAUCAGUCAAAGGAAGUAAUGGAUAAAAUAUCCAAUCCACUCGCAGGGGCCCUGGGAACUAUUAGAGCAACAAUCAAAGCACUGAAACGAUUUGCUGAAUCCAUACGAGAUGCUUUCAAUGCCCUCAAAACAGCCAUACAGGAAAUAGCUGCGCUGUUUAAGAAAGUUGCAAAGUGGAUCGGAAGCAUAUUUAAAAUCUGUGACGAACGAAUGAGUGCGCCUUACAGACGAUGUAAAGGUAUCUUUCACAAUGCAGAAAUGAGUUGCAGGGAUUCACUUGGGUGGUUCCUUAGCUGGAUAUGUAUUAUCGUGGAGGCAGCUUCGGUUGUUUGUAAUAUAGCAAGAAUUGGGGAGUUGCUGUGUGCGAUAGCUGCAGCAAUUAAGGCGCUUGCAGAUGCUGCUAUAUAUACGCCCAUAAAAAGUGCCAUUACAGACGUUAAGAAUAUGUUUUAUUUUAACGUCACUCUUAAUUACACGUACGAGUACAACGCCACCCAAUCAAAAUCCUACACAGAGGUCAAGGAGGGCAUUCUCAAGGACGUCAAUGACCGUCUGUCUGGCUACGUCUUCGUCCUCGGUCUCCUCAAGAAUGUCACGAUGGUGUCUCUUAUCUUUGUUGUAAUCAAGGCUCUCAUUUAUAAGAGAAAAUUUCAGACAAACGACAAAUUUGAUAACAUCUAUAUAACGUUUAAAUUACGAGACGUAGAGGAACGGCGAAUAGAGCUGGGAAAGGAAGGAAUAUUUCCGCUCACUUGGAAGGAAGAGAAAAAAUACGUAAAAACAAGAUCAGUUGGGAUGGCUAUGAGGGAAAUAAAAGCCUUGGCUAAGGGCCUGUUCCUUCUUCUGAUUAGCGGUUGUCAUACGGGCUUCUAUCUCCUCUGUGACUACGGACUAUAUUGGAUACUCAACAUGUUAAAAGGAUUCUUUUCCAAAAAGAUUGCAGCUCCUAUCCCACCGCAUUUGAAAAUUCACGUCCACGGAAAAGGUUCCGUGUCAGACAUGUACAGGUCAUUGCUGACGUCAUUUGACCCUCUGGCAAUGGAGGGCGGUAGCUUGAAACCGGCUGGUUGCAUCCCUACCCCAAGCACACCAAACUUUCGAAUUUACAAACAAAUAGGCUAUAUUUAUCUUUUAUGCCUGUUCAUGACCAUCUUUCAAGCUUACGGCUUGAGGUUACGUCACGUGAUUGGGGCGUGUUACUAUCCUAGGCGGGAGAGAGCGCGAGCAGUCUGGCUCUAUAACCAUAUACUGAAAACUAGAGGCGGAUUCCUAAAAUUUGCAAGGCGGCAGCUUAGAAGAAAAGCCGGGGUUUUGAAAGAGGAGGAAAAGAUUAGUAUAAGAAGUAGAUUAAUGGCACAAUUUCCACUCUGUAGGAGGUUUUUCAGUUUUCUUGGAUUCAAAAGGAAACAUUGUUUGUCGUGUGGAAAUGAGGGUCGAUUUGAUGAUAACGUGAAUUUCUACCAUUGUCAAAAUAAAGACUGCACAGCCGUAUAUUGUUUUGACUGUUUCACUGAUCUUAACAACAUGUGUACUGUAUGUAUGAAUCCUGUUGACUAUGGAGAUCACUCUGACAUCAGCGAGGAAAGAGAUUCUAGCGAAGAUGAGAAAGAAGUGUUAAAGCGCCGGGCGGAUGCAGAGAAACUUCGUCAAGAACGUGAAAUUCAGUUACAAAAGAGGCGACCGAGUGAACAAAUGAGGGAAAUGAGGAGGCAAUUCGGAAUAACCGAAUCGGUACUAAAGACCAAAGCGGAAGCUGGGGUCAAGGACUAUGCACAAGAGGAUGGCGCUGCGUAUGAAGAAGGCUAUGAACAGUUUGAAGAUUUUUAUGAAGAAGACAAGGUUGUCGACUUGAAAGAAAAGGAAUUCUUAAGUUAUCAAAAUAUUCGUCGAGUGGAUGAUGACUGGGAUUACGAUGCCGACGAUGAUAAAUCUCAGACGGAUUACGUCACUGAUGAUAUAUUUGACGAUGGUGAAGAUGAUUUCAUUGGGGAUUAUGAUUAUCCGUACAUCGAACCCGAUGAGUUAGACAUGGAUAGAGACAUUGUUUCGAAAACUAAACUGAAUGUUUGACAAAGGAAUUCUCACUAUUUUUUUUUUUUUUUUUUUUGCAGUUAAACUUGCAAAUGAGGCUCACCCAGAAAAGGUCUAAACUGUGCUGUUCGUAAUACAUCUACAUGUUACAGUGUUCAGAUGAUGUUCUUUGAACUUCUUUCUAUAUGAACCCAGUAUCCUAAAAAAAUUGCAUGUAGUCCAGGAAGCCAAAUUAUACGAGUUUGUUCAAAUUUCAAGUGAAUGAAGUCAAGCUAUAUUGAAAUACUUCUAUAUUAAA